AUGUCGAAGGAUGCUGCUACUGGACCUGAUGAAUCUGCGGCAGCUAUCGAACAAAUAAUUGAAAAACGUGUUGGCUGUGCCCAUUAUAAACGUCGAGCAAAAUUCGUGACACCCUGCUGCAAUAAGUUGUACAUGUGCCGGUACUGCCACGAUGAGAAUGAGGAGCACUACUUCAACCGUAAGUCGGUGACUGAGCUGAUCUGUAUUGAGUGUGACACUCGGCAAAAAGUCCAGGCUGAAUGUCAAAAUUGUGGUGUACGGUUUGGAAAGUAUACAUGCCUCAUUUGCAACCUGUUUGAUGAUGAAGACAAGAAGCAGUACCAUUGUGAUGGCUGUGGAAUUUGCCGUGUUGGUGGCAGGGACCGAUUCUUUCAUUGUGAGAGAUGCAAUAUGUGUUUACCAGUGCAGUUGAAAGAAGUUGGUCAUAGAUGUGUAGAAAAUGUGUCUCGUGCAAACUGUCCAGUGUGUCUUGAAGAUAUUCACACAUCUCGAAUACCAUGCCACAUCCCAGAUUGUGGACAUUUGCUCCACCGACCAUGCUUUGAGGAAAUGUUAAAGUCUGGUCAUUACGCUUGCCCUACAUGCCAGACUAGCAUGAUUGACAUGUCGACAUUAUGGAAAUAUCUGGAUUCUGAAGUGGCAGCCACACCUAUGCCUCCAGAAUAUGCAGAUUAUAAAACAACUAUACUAUGCAAGGAUUGUCAUAAGUUAUCAACUGUGAAGUUCCAUGUGGUCGGCCUCAAGUGUCAACACUGUGGUGCAUAUAAUACUUGCCAGACUAAUGGUUUUCACAGAGAUGCGGGAACAUCUGAGCAAGUAGACUCUGCCACUUCAUCGACAAGCCGAAGUGCUUCAACAUCGACACCGACAAGUCGACGUGGUUCCUCGUCCUUCGAGCGCGAGUCUGAUGAAAAUGAACUGCCUCGAGCGAAUCCUAUGGAUGAACCCCCGCAGGCCUGA